CAUCACCCAGGACUCUGUUAACUGAGACUAUGGAGUCCAGAAAACAGGCUCAACCGGUCAACCUCUUCUUUCAGAGUGACACCAAAAAGCAUCGGACUGUGGAAGCCCAUUCUUCACUUCAGCCUCGCCUCGUCGUUUUCACCUCCUUACCUGCAAUUCAGCUCCGUCUGGAUCGUUUGGGUUUUCAGUUUCUUCUCUUCUUCUCAUCGAUUCCUUAUUUCUCUGUAGAAGGGUUUCUGGUUCUUUGAUUGUGCAGUUUCCUUCUCUCUCUCCGAUUUCAUGGAGGUACCAAAUGCUUUGUGGGCUUGAAUAGUCGGGCUGACACGCUCCGGCAAAGGACGGGUUGCUAAACACCAGAAAUUGACCUCCGGUUGCUUCGGAAUUUCCCCAAUCAAGUUGUUUCUACUAAGAUGAGCAGAAGUUAGGGAGGAGCAGUGAGAAAUUGUGUUGGGAAUUCUAUCUGGACACAUUCCAAACAAACUAUAUGGCUUCUAUGAACAACCAAGGAGCCUCCUCUUCUUCUGCUACUUCCGAUUUCGUCCCUUAUUCAUGGUCAUACGAUGUCUUCCUGAGUUUUCGUGGUGAGGAUACACGCUAUGGUUUUACAGGCCACUUGCACAGUGCUCUGCUUCGAAAGGGAAUCAACACCUUCAUAGACAACGAUCUUACAAGAGGAGACGAAAUAGCACAGUCGCUUCUCAAAGUAAUCGAAGAGUCAAGGAUCUCCGUCAUUGUAUUCUCUGAAGACUAUGCAUCAUCCAAGUGGUGCUUGGAUGAGCUGGUUCACAUUCAUCACUGCAAUGAAUCAAAGCAACAAAUGGUGAGGCCAGUUUUCUACAAGGUGGAUCCUGCUGAUGUAAGAUACCAGAAAGGCAGUUAUGGUGAAGCAUUGGCUAAGCACGAAAGGAGAUUCCCAGAUAACUUGGAAAAGGUGGGAAGAUGGAGGACAGCACUUACAAGAUCAGCAAAUUUGUCUGGCUGGCAUUACAAGGAGCAAGAUUAUGGUGAAGCAUUGGCUAAGCAUGAAAGGAGAUUCCCAGAUAACUUGGAAAAGGUGGGAAGAUGGAGGAGAGCACUUACAAGAUCAGCAAAUUUGUCUGGCUGGCAUUACAAGGAGAAAGAAUAUGAAUCCACAUUUAUCGACAACAUAGUUGAGGAGAUCUCACUCCAAUUACUCAAUCAGACAUAUUUGGAUGUGGCUGAGUAUCCUAUCGGAAUAGAUUCUCGUGUCCAGGUUAUUGAUAAACUUUUAAGUGUUAGUGGAAAUAGUCGUUGCAUAAUUGGGAUAUGGGGAUCUCCUGGAAUAGGAAAGACGACAAUUGCCAAAGCUGUUUAUAACUCAAUUGCACAUAGAUUUGAAGGCAGAUGUUUUUUGGAAAAUGUUGGAGAGAAUUCAGAGUCACCUGAAGGCCUAGUUCAACUACUAGAGACUCUCCUUGUCGAGAUUCUUGGAGGCCCAAACUGGAAGUUAACUAGUGUUGAUAAAGGAAUCAAUGUUAUAAAGCAAAGGUUGGCAAAUAAAAGGGUCCUCAUAGUUCUUGAUGAUGUGAAUAAAUUGGAUUGGCUAAGCAAAUUAGCAGGAGCUACAGGUUUGUUUGGUGAGGGAAGUAGAGUCAUUUUAACGACAAGGUAUAAGGGUUCACUAACUCGUCAUGGAGUUAAGUUAGUAUACGAAGUCAAGAAGUUAGAUCACCAACAAGCGCUUGAGCUUUUCAGUUGGCAUGCCUUUGGGAAAAAUGAACCUCCAUAUGAGUAUGUUGCACUUGCAAGUCAUGCAGUAGACUAUGUUCAAUGCCUUCCGCUAGCUCUGAAAGUUUUGGGUUCUCAUCUGGGUACUCUUGAAACCGCAGAUCGUUGGCAAGCUACAUUGGAUAGCUAUAAAAGUGCCCCUUAUAAAGAGAUUCAGAAACCGUUCAGAAUAUGCUAUGAUGCAUUGGAAUAUGAAGUGAAAGAAGUUUUCCUAGACAUCGCAUGCUUCUUCAACCAUAAGGAAAAAGAAUUUGUGCUAGAAAUACUGAAAGAUGAUGACCUUGAUGUUGUUGAGAAUUAUAUUAAUGUACUCAUACAAAGCACCCUCAUAACUGUUGAUCGGUUCAAGAGGAUUUCGAUGCAUAAUUUGCUAGAACAAAUGGGUAAAGAUAUAGCUCGCCAAGAAUCUGUUGAACCUGGAGAAUGCAGGAGAGUUUGGUUUCACAAGGACGUGUUUCGUAUUCUAACCGAAAAUUCUGGAACCCAUAAAAUUGAAGGUAUCAUGGUAAAGUUUCCCCUACCAGAUGAGAUACCCUUGAAUGCUAAAAGCUUCUCAGGCAUGAGAAAUCUCAAAUAUUUCAUAAACUGUAAUGCAUGCCUUUCUGGAUAUGUGGAUUAUCUUCCCAAUAGCUUGAAGUUGAUUGACUGGGGAAGGUGUGAGCUGAAAUCUUUCCCAUCCAAUUUUCAACCAAAGGAACUUAUUGUGCUCAAUAUGCCUUACAGUCGCAUUGCAGAGCUGGGAAAAGCAAUAGUUGAGCAUUUGACAAAGGUGACGUCUCUAAACUUUGACAACUGCAAAUUCCUGAAAAAGGUCCCCAGCUUAUCUGGAAUCCCAAACAUCAAGUCCUUGAGUCUAGGUGAAUGUACAAAUUUAGUGGAGGUUGAUCCUACUGUUGGAUUUCUUGAAAAACUUGUUACAUUGGACCUCAAUCGAUGCUCUAACCUGACAAAAUUUCCAACAAGAGUUUGCUGGAAAUCUCUUAAAGAUUUAAUUCUUCUUGAUUGCAAAAGGCUUAAGAAGUUCCCAGAAAUUGUGGACAAGAUGGAAUCCUUAGACAUCAUGCAAUUGAGAGGUACUGGCAUAAAAGAAUUGCCAUCAUCAAUUCGAUAUCUUACUCAAGUUUCCUAUAUAGGUCUGGAUAGAUGUCAAAACCUCACGAGUCUUCCUAGCAGUAUUUAUGAGUUGCAACAUCUUGAUCAUCUUGGUCUUAACCACUCUCCGAAACUGAUCACUCUUCCAAGUAAGGCAACCUCAGAAGUUUCAUCUAGUGCAGAAUCACUUCCUUUGGCGCUCACCUAUUUAUCUUUUGAAGGGUGCAAUUUAUUAUCAGACAUUGAUUUAUCUGUUGGUCUUCAUUGCGUGUCCACGCUAAAGAAUCUUGAUUUAUCAGAAAGCAGUUUUGUUAGUCUUCCCAAGGGCAUUAGCAAAUUUGUCAACUUGAAGUCACUUAAAUUGUGCGGUUGCAAGAGGCUUCGAGCGAUUUUAGAACUUCCACCAUUUACAAGGUUCAUAGAAGUGGCUGAUUGCAUAUCAUUGGAAGCAUUUUCACUGUUGUCAGAGAUACUGGAGAAUAAAGACACACAACUUGUUUAUAAGAUGGACUUGUCUAAUUGUCAUAGACUUAUUGAUAAUUUGGGCUUGGACGUGGCAAAAAUCGCAAAUGUAUUACUGAAUGAGGUGGAGUACUCUUUGUUUGAGGUUUUACUUCCAGGAAAUAAAGUUCCACAGUGGUUUAACUAUCAUAAGGAUAUCUGCGUUGUUGUUGAUGAAGAUCAAAGGGAUCCAAUAUGCGAAAUAUUGAUUGAAAUCCCUCAACAUUUCAUAUCAUUGGCUGAAGGAUUGACUCUAUGUGCUGUUUUUGAAAUCACAGAAAAGUUUAGUGGUUAUUGUAAUUUUGGCACGAUGGUUGAGAUUAAUGAACUUUCCGUGAAAUUUUAUGAUGAUUGUGUUUUCCAAUCAAGGGAGGUAGAGUCAGCUCAUGUGUGGCUAAAGUAUAUUCCAUUUGAUCUUGACAUCAAGUCGAAGUUGAAUGCAGAGAGGCCAUCAAUGCCUUGUAUGUUUCGAGUUGUCUUUCACCAAAAGCUUGGCAAAGGGUUGCUGUAUAAAAGCUGCGGGGUUUACCUGGCUGGUAUGCCACGGGAUGGUGGCGAUCAAGAUGAAGAUGAUGAUAAUGAUCGUCAUCAUGAGCAAGAGCAAUCAAUUUCCUUGUCCAUUGAAGCAACAAAUCAUCCAAAUGACAGCCGCAAUUAUGAAGAUGAAGAUGAUGACGAGUUGUGUAGCUGCUUUAUCUGGACGCGCUUCUUGACCUGCUGCUCCCCAGAAAGUUAGGAAAACUAUACUCAUGGACAGUCGGGGUUUCAGCACCAGAAGGUUAAAUAUGGUCUGUUGGAUUAAUAUCCUUUGAUAAUGGUGCAUUGUUUCCAGUAAUGUUGGCCGAGAACAAGAUGAGAAACAUUUCAAAUUCCUUGAUGAAUACACAGGCACUCCCACCCUGAGACACUGCUUGAAAUGGUGCAGGGUGUUGUUUAGGGUGAGUUGUCAAGUACUCAAGUCAAAUAAAUGUAACAUGUUCUGACAUGAUUAUAUUUGUGGUAUGCAAUUUAUAGAAAACUCACUCAUCAGUUUUUGAUAGAUCUGU